AUGGCAACGCAUAGAGAGGCCAUAUUUGUAGAGGGUCUCUGGAAGGAGAAGGCACCACUGCCCGCCACCAUCCCCGAAGUCCAGGAAGUUGGAUGCACGUCAGCACCACUCGAAUCAAUGAGCUUCCACUUUGCAAACUUUUGCAAGGUGUACAAUGAGGACUAUGUACUAUGCAAGAACGAGUCAACCGACCCGGCCCACUGUCUCAAGGAGGGUAGAAAGGUCACUCGGUGUGCUAUAGACUUGAUUAACAAACUAAAGGAGAACUGUGAUAGUCAGUGGGAACGACACUGGACUUGCUUGGAUUACAAUAAUCAUCAUUACUGGCAAUGUCGGAAGGAAGAACGCGAAUUCAACGAUUGUGUAUUCGCAAAACUAGGCUUGACCAAGGUGAUACCGGAAACUCCUGAAGGAAAGACACAAAUCCACUUGAAGGAGAAGCCACUGUACAAGUAG